CUUUAUGUAGUUGGGGGAAAGGGAAAGGGUCAGUUUUAUUCUCAAGGGCUGAAGGAUCAAACAUCGUAUCAUCGCUCGUAGUUUAUAGUGUGAGUUUGAAAUUGAGAUUGAGAUUGAGAUUGCGAUCAAGUAUCAUGCAGGAAGGGAACUGGAAUAAUCCCACCACCAUGCCCGACUUACAAAUAUCUCCUGCUGGUCCGCAUGGCGGAAGUCCAGGUAAGGAUCAACAGGCGGCAGGGGUAGGCAUUCUUCUUCAGAUAAUGAUGCUCGUCCUUUCAUUCAUUCUUGGACAUGUCUUGCGGCGUCAUAGAUUCUAUUAUCUUCCUGAAGCAAGCGCCUCCCUUUUGAUCGGGUUAAUCGUUGGUGGACUUGCGAAUAUCUCGAAUACCGAAACUAGUAUCAGGGCCUGGUUUAAUUUCCAUGAGGAGUUCUUCUUCCUCUUUUUGUUGCCCCCCAUCAUAUUAUAUCCUUCUUUGGCACCUAAACCAUUCUUUUCAAACUUUGGAGCCAUUGUGACAUUUGCAAUAUUGGGAACUUUUAUUGCUUCAAUUGUUACAGGUCUUUUGGUGUACCUUGGUGGUGUAAUGUAUCUCAUGUACAGACUUCCAUUGGUUGAAUGUCUGAUGUUCGGUGCCCUUAUUUCAGCAACAGAUCCUGUCACUGUUCUCUCCAUUUUUCAGGAGCUUGGCUCAGACAUGAAUCUUUAUGCAUUGGUUUUUGGUGAAUCGGUUUUAAAUGAUGCGAUGGCAAUUUCCCUAUACAGGACAAUGUCAUUGGUGAGGAGUAAUUCAUCUGAGCAAAAUUUCUUUUUGAUAGUCGUGAGGUUUCUUGAGACUUUUGUUGGUUCCAUGUCAGCAGGUGUUGGAGUUGGGUUCACAUCGGCUUUGAUAUCCUUUAAUAGAAACCUAUUCAAGUAUGCAGGUUUGGACAUUGAUAACCUACAGAACUUGGAAUGCUGUCUGUUUGUUCUUUUUCCAUACUUCUCGUACAUGUUAGCAGAAGGUCUUGGUCUCUCUGGUAUUGUGUCAAUUCUGUUCACUGGGAUGGUUAUGAAGCAUUAUUCCUUCUCAAACUUGUCAGAAAAUUCUCAAAGAUUUGUGUCUGCUUUUUUCCACUUGAUAUCAUCUUUAGCCGAGACAUUUGUAUUCAUAUAUAUGGGUUUUGAUAUUGCUAUGGAGCAGCAUAGCUGGUCCCACGUGGGAUUCAUCUUCUUUUCUAUUAUAUUCAUCGGAUUAGCAAGGGCUGCAAAUGUCUUCACUUGUGCAUAUUUGUUGAAUUUGGUUCGACCUGCACAGCGACAAAUACCUGUAAAACACCAGAAAGCACUUUGGUACAGUGGACUUAGAGGGGCAAUGGCUUUUGCACUUGCUUUGCAAUCAGUUCAUGAUCUCCCAGAAGGACAUGGUCAGACCAUAUUUACUGCAACCACUGCAAUAGUCGUCUUAACGGUGUUGCUUAUUGGAGGCUCAACAGGUACUAUGCUCGAAGCUUUACAAGUUAUAGGAGGAGAUACACAUGAUGGCCACUUGAGUGAUAGCUUUGAAGCUAAUAAUGGCUACGUGGCUCCAUUUGAUGGAGAGCCAUCAUCCGGUAACAGACUAAAGAUGAGACUUAAAGAAUUUCACAGAAGUGCUGCAUCUUUCCGUGCAUUAGACAGGAACUACCUUACCCCAUUUUUCACCACUCAAUCUGGAGAUCGAGAUGACAAUGAUGAUAGCCAUGCGGAAGAUUCACUGCUGAGGUCUAGAAGAGAAGGCUUCCAUUAGCAGAGGAGUAUAGCACAAUUUAUAUUUUGAUGAUUUGAAUCCUAGAAUUCUACGAAAUCUCAAAGUGUUAGGGGUAGUAGGCAGAUAUGAUUAGCAUAUAAAACUUAUAUGUACAUGAUGAUUAUACUAGAUUAACAAGUGGAGAUGUUGUUUACUUUACUUUACUUUACUUGCAUGGAUCAAAAUUGCUUAUAUUGUUUUAAUUUCCCAUAU